CUUCUAGGAAUGUUUUCCUUUCAUGGUGUGUGGACUUCAGAGGCUGAAGGUUCUUUUAAAUUCAAUUUACACGUUUUAAACAGGCGCUUUGACCCAAGUGAACAACUGUGAAAACGUUUGGAGCCGUGGUGGGGGGGUAUGUGUGUGUGUGUGUGUGUGGCCGUGAGGGGCAGACACAGAGGUUAGCGGGUUAGCACACUCGAGCAGACUAUUAGAGCUAUUUUGAAAGUGACCCUGCAGUGAGACCCUCACUGACACACACUCACACACACUCACAGCUGCCGGGAACCAUGACAGAAGAUGACGGAUACGGUUGUCGUGGAGGGCCAAGUGAGACUCCGAGAAGGGAGAAAGUGGAAGAGCCGGUGGGUGACCCUGCGGAGACCGUCGCCGGUAGCAGACUGUCUGUCUCUGCUGGUGUAUAAGGACCGUUCUGAGAGGAGUAAGGGUCAGCGGGAGAGGAGUCAGGCCACUCUGGGGGAUAUCUGUGGGCUGGAGGCUCUGCAGGGCUAUGAAGGAAUGAGCUACACACUCACCGUCCUCUGCUUGUCCCAGUCCGUAACACUAGGCUUUGACAGCAGGGAAAACCUCCUGGCCUGGGACUCCCGCAUCCGCUACAGCCUGGGAGAGGUCCACAGAUUCACUGUGAAUGUUCAGCCUGGCACCAAGCUAGAGAGCGGACCAGCCAUACUCCAUUUGUGCAAUAACCUGCUGGCUGUAGCCAGAGACAUCCCUCCAUCCGUUAUUGGCCAGUGGAGGUUGUCUGACCUGAGGCGGUAUGGGGCAGUCCCCAAUGGAUUUGUCUUCGAGGGAGGGACACGGUGUGGUUACUGGACUGGUGUCUUCUUUCUGGCCUGUACAGAGGGGGAACAGAUCAGCUUUCUGUUCGACUGUAUUGCUCGAGGCGUCUCUCCAAGCAGGGCACCGUUUGGAUUGCGGCCAAAUCUUCCAGACCCCGCUGUUAACCCGUGCUCUGUGGAGGAGAGGAUUAGUCAGGAGGCCAGUGACCUGGAGAAGCGCCUCAGCCUGCUGUCUGUCAGCAGCCGCCACAGCAGCUCAGCAUCCCACUCCAGUUACAACACCUCCCUGGCAGGAGAUGACCGCAGCAUAUCCAGCUCCUCUUCUGACACCAGCCGCUCAGACGCCAGCAGUCGUCUGUCAGCCUGGCCUGACCCGCUCAGAUACCCCACCCCUUUAGAACCCUCACCACUGCUGUCAGGAGCAACAGCACCAAAGCCUUUGAGUGCGUCGGUCAGCACAUCCAGCGAUGAGCGUUUGUACGGUGUAGUGAUGGGGGGACUCCGCCCUCCUUCCAGACCUCCGCCACCCAGAGGGCUUCAAGAGGCGGGGCGCCAGAGCUCGACCGACAGCGGCAUUGCCACAGCGAGCCACUCGUCAUAUUCCGGAAGCUUCUCAUCCUACACGGGCAGCUUGGACACUGGGCAGGGGGAGGUGGAUGAGUUUGGGUCCCUGUAUAGCCUCGUUUCAAACACCAUCCCAAUCCAGAGUGUGGGUGUGCAGUCUAAUACAAACCCAAACCUCAACACAGGCCAGAGACUUUUGCCACAAUUCCAGAACAUUUAUCCCAUUUCCCGUACACCAUCAAGAACAUCAUCUCUGGCACCAGAGAACAGGCCAGUGUGUGUUUGCCCCGUUUUCAGUGCAUCCCAAGAGGAGAACUCAGAGUACCAGGUGCCAGGUCAUGUCAUGCCACGAUAUGACACCCCCCGGAGGCUCAUCCAGCUCCACCCCUCAACUCAGGACACCAGGGCUCCGCCUGCCCCAGAUCGGAGGCCAGAGCCUGGGCUUUCAGGGCCUUCAGGAACUGCAGAAGCUGCUCCCAAACUGACUGCAUCAAUGAGAUUAAGUGGGAGUGGUGAAGGAAUGACAGCCCCCGGAUCUUCCAUCACACAGCAUCAAAUGAUCUGUCCCAUAUGUGGAGGAUUGAAGGUAAUGCCCUCUACACCUGCAGGAAUUUCCCCUGUAUCUUCUCUGCCUGACAAGCCGAAGCAUGAGUUGAGCAGCAGUGCCAUGUCUGCAGGUGCUGAAGGCACGAGUGUGGAAAUAACGGAGGCAGGGGAGAAGAGCAGGUAUGAGCUGAUGAGUAGCUAUGGACAGCAGAAGUCAUUGUGGGAGACAGAAGGACGUGUAUCGGCAGUGCCUACGUUUCCAAUGAGCUCUCUGGGGAUUUUCAGACAAUCCUCGUUCUCUGAUCCGAAAGGGAAUUAUGUGUGCAUGGCAUUCGGCAUGGAGCCAUCCAGGACAGCAGAGUUCAGUGCUAGAGAUGGUCAAUCUUAUGGGAGGUCAUUAGUCCUUCCUGCUGAGGCUGGGUCUAUAGUUACUGACCGGCUUCAGGGUGAUUCUGCCAAUUAUGUCAACAUCCCAGUUAGCCCCACAUCUAAAAGGCAGCUUCACUAUAUGGAGCUGGAUCUACAGGACGUACCAGAAACUGGACACACUGUCAGAGGGACGUCCAGCACCAAAUAUGCCCACAUUGACAUCACCGCGACUGAAACAGCUCAGAGAGUCGGAGCCCAGCAUGCGCAGGGCAGAGAGGAGAGACUGCAGGAGCUGCAGCAGAAGAGACGAGGAACACUUAACUGAAAACGCACCAGCACAACUAAGCCGUGAAGAAACGGUCAUGACAUUCAUCACCACAGCGUGUUAUGAAAUACAGGCUACUGCAACCAUCAGGUUUAGGUGGUUAUACUGUCAACUGCUUUAGCUCUGUAAUAAAACCUUAAGAAUAGCAUGUUGUUGCUGUCCAGAAAAAAAAAACAAAAAACAUAAUUACAAAGAAUUAUUUUUUUCUUUCAUAAUUUGAAUACAGCAUCUGUCUUUUACCUUGUGUGAACAUUUCCUGACAAAUGGAGCAAUAAAAAUGGUCCAAAAUGACUUGGAAUAAAAUCUUGAUAUAUUAACCUACAUUAAAGGUAAAGAAUUUUUUGUCUUCUGUAAAGUUUUUACAGGUUUUGUGGGUUUUUUUUUUUUUUUUUGGACAGCAACAACGUUCAUUUGGUUUUGGGCAGUUUUGUAUUGAUAGAUAUUCAACCAGAAGUUACACUUUCCCAUUGUGCUGUAGAUUUAUUGUGGAAAUACACUGAGUCUAAAACGUUAGUCUGUUUUGUCAAAACUAGACAAAUUGUAAAUAGUCUACAUGCUAUCAAAUGACCAACUUUGACUUGUACAGCUACAGCUUCCAAUGUGCACAUCAUGAGAAACAGAUGCAGUAUUUUUAUGUGUUCUUUUCCAAUGUUUCUAUCUUUAGUACAAUAAACAAUACAUUGAGUGUUUAGGUACCUGUUCAAGCAGUUUUUACAUACUAAAUUACAGAGCAUAUAUUCUUUCUUAACUAUAAUACUUACUGUAUUCUAGUGUAGUUUUUUUUUAGCAUAUUGACUGAAUGGGUCUUUAAUGAUGGACAAAACAGUCUUUUAUUUACAGACAUCACAUUCACAAAUGGUGUGUUGGACUUCAUGAAGAUAAUCAGCAUUAAAAAAAAAUAAUAAUUAAACUCUGAAAGCUGCUGCUUAGUAAAACUGUGUGACAUCCAGUACUUCAGUGUUCAAGCUGACAAUGCAGCCACCCUAGUCUACUGCCUCUGUGAACUAUAUUAGCAGUCACACACACUACAUACAUGAGCCACGGGUGUUUAAGCCUAAAUGUGACAUAUGUCGUCGUACCAUAAUUCGCUUUUUUAAACCACUUAUAUUGACCCAGUACUGAACA